AUGGUGGCCGCUCGACGACAUCGCCGCCGCCGCCGCCCGAAGGCCUCCCCCUCGCCAGACCUUGCUGGACGCUCCCGCCAGACCUCGCCGUCCCCGUCCUCCUCCCCGAACGGCUACAACGAGCCACGUCGCCCCCUCUUCCCUCCAUCGCCGGUGAGGCCCCGCCUCCCGCCUCCCGCCUCCUCCCUUUCCUCCCGUCGCCGCGCCGUGUACCACGCCCCUUCCGGCAUGCCCCUGCUCACGCUCCCCCGCGCCUUGCCGCGCGCCUCGCCCUGCAUCGCCUGUGUUCCCUGCCGACCGCGGUCCGCGCUUCCCCUGCUCGCACCGCCGCGCCGCCCUGUCCCCUCGCCCCGCCACGCCUCUGCUCCGGCCCCGGCCACGCGCCGACCCCUUCCUCCCCCUCCCCUGCUGGCCGCGUCGGGCGCCGGCGCCCACGCGCCCACUCCGGCCCCGUUCCGGCCUCGCCAUGCCCUGGCUUCGCCCAGUGGCCGCGUGCGCGCGGCACAGCCGUGUUUGGCCGGCCACAGCCGCCGCCCCACCCUGGGUCACUGA